AAUCGAUAAGAAAUAGUAGUAGUGUGAUCAUCGUGAUUGUCGAAGUAGUGACCGUUGCAAAUUCAGUGGAAACGUGACACAAGAUCUAUUCGUCUCUUUGAUGAAAAUUUGUAGGAAUAUUUUUCGUCGUCUACAACGCUUUGUUGAACUAAUUCACACAUAUUUUACAAAGGAAAUGGCAAUGACUGAUAAUGUCGUGGGUCUUGCACGAAUCGAUCCUCUUGACAAUCCCGUCGAUCUUUUUAGAAUAUGGCGCGAUGAAGCGAUAAAAUUCCAAUUUGGAUUGGUAAAUGCCUGUUGUUUAGCAACUGUCUCACCAAAUUCCAAAGUCAGCUCGAGAAAUUUAAUCUUACGAGAAUUUGAUGAUGACGGUUUUGUUAUCAUGACAGACGCGCGCAGUCAAAAAGUCAAAGACAUGAAUUGCAAUUCAUAUGCUGCUAUGUGUUUUUUGUGGGACUAUCAGAAUGAUAAACAACAUCAUAUCACGCGACAGGUGAGGAUAGAGGGAUGGAUGAAAAAACUGGAAAGACCGGCUUGUCAACUUAUAUAUGAGAGAGAGCCGUUGUACUGCAAAAUCCGAGCCCACCUAUGUCAUCAGGAUCAACCGGCUGACUGGGACGAUUUGAAUCACCGGUAUAAUGAGAUAUUAGCACACGUGCAGUAUAAGGGAGAUGAUCUUACAAUGCCGGAUCAUGUCGUAUCGUAUAAACUGUCAUCUGAAAUGAUGGAAUUUUAUUACGCACGGGACCAACUUAUCGGCGAUCGAAUACAUUAUAAAAAAAAUGAAAUAAACAAAAAUUAUUGGGAAUAUCAAAGAAUAGCAGCAUAA